AUGAAGAAGGUUGAAGCACCUCGCGCAAGCGCCGCUGCCACAUCAGAGACCGUCGUUGGCGUAGUCGGACCCAAGGCAAAGCGAUACACUCUACACAAGCGGCUUUUGACGCACCAUUCCGGAUAUUUUCGUCGCGUAUUCGUCAACAGGUUCAAUGAGUGUCAUCUACGCAACGCGACAGUUGAAGGCUUCGAUGUCUUCGUUGACUGGAUAUAUGAGACAAGACUGCGCCCUUCUGUUGACACGAAUGGCGAUGAGGCGCGAUGCAUGCUCAGGGCCUACCUGGUGGCAGCGGAACUGUCAGUUGGACCAUUGAAGAAGGCAUUGAUAGACUGGAUGUUUCAUUAUCUCUCAAGUCACCUUCUCAGCGCUUGGGUUGUUCAAUGGAUGUUUGAGUCUUUGCCAAACAACGACCCCUUACUUCAGCUCAUCGUUGACGCAUUCUGCAUCGGCAACGGCGUAAGAUCGAUGAGUGUCGAGUAUUUUGCUGAGAUCGAUGACCUGCCCAAGGAGUAUCUGUGUCGUAUUCUCCGGAAGCUACACCAGCUGAGCCAGCUACCAGAGAAAAACCGAGUUCUUGCACGCGAAGACUACAGCACGGUGACUUUCAACUACACCCAAAUCAUCAUGUCCGACGCCGAGGUUAUCGAACAGAAGCGCGAGGAGGAUGAGCGCCUCGAUACCGCCGAAGACCCCAACGAAGAGGAAGAGAUCUCAGCAAUGAGGCGACGCGUACAAGAGAUGGAGGAAGAAGCCCAGAAGCUACGCCAGAUGCAGAGCGAGACGGACCUAGAACGCCACGAGAUGCGCGAGAGCAAAGAAGACGUCGACGCGCGCAGUGUCUUUGUCGGUAACGUCGACUACGGCGCUUCCCCCGAAGAGAUCCAGGCACACUUCCAGAGCAUCGGAAGCAUUAACCGUGUGACCAUAUUGCUCGACAAGUUCACGGGUCAUCCUAAAGGGUAUGCGUAUGUGGAGUUCACAGAACCGCAUCUGGUCAAUGAGGCCUUGGUCCUUGACAACAGCCAGUUCCGCAGCCGGAAUCUAAAGGUCGUCCCCAAGCGAACGAACCUCCCCGGUAUGACACGAGGCGGACGCGGCGGCCGAGGCGGUCCUCGAGGCGGAUACGGCGGACGCGGCUCACCAUACGGCGGCCGUGGUGGCUACGGUGGCGGCUACGGCGGCGGCGGCGGCGCUCCACGAGGAGGCGGUUACCGUGGUGGAUACCGUGGCGGAAGAGGCGGAUCGGCAUACCGCCCAUACUAA